CUUUCGCUCAGUUUGGUUGUUUCAUAUCUUUUUUAACCAUUUGAGAAAACAGGCUGCCUCCUGCACUGAGCGGCUGGGUGAAAGAGCGAGCAGCGGGUGCGUGGCAUGAACCUGGAGAGCAGCGAGUGCGGGAUGAGCUCGGUGAGCUGCGGCAACGGGAAGCUCCGCCAGUGGCUGAUUGACCAGAUCGACAGCGGCAAGUACCCGGGCCUGGUGUGGGAGAACGACGAGAAGAGCAUCUUCCGCAUCCCCUGGAAACACGCCGGCAAGCAGGACUACAACCGCGAGGAGGAUGCCGCCCUCUUCAAGGCUUGGGCUCUUUUUAAAGGAAAGUUCAGAGAGGGCAUUGAUAAACCAGAUCCUCCAACUUGGAAGACAAGGCUACGGUGUGCUUUGAACAAGAGCAAUGACUUUGAAGAACUGGUUGAGAGAAGCCAGCUGGAUAUUUCUGAUCCGUAUAAAGUGUACAGAAUAGUGCCAGAAGGAGCUAAAAAAGGAGCAAAACAACUCAGCCUAGAGGAUCAACAGAUAAUGAUGAACCAUCCGUACACAAUGACUUCUCCUUACACUUCACUACAAGCGCAGGUAUCAAACUACAUGGUACCUCAUGAACGUAACUGGAGAGAUUUUGCCCCUGAGCAGCCACAUCCUGACAUCCCCUACCAAUGCCCAAGUGUUCCUUUUGCAGCUCGCAGUCACCAUUGGCAAGGUCCUGCUUGUGAAAACGGUUGUCAGGUGACUGGAACCUUUUAUGCUUGUGCACCAUCUGAGUCACAGACUCCUGGGAUCCCAAUAGAGCCAAGCAUAAGGUCUGGUGAAGCUCUUGCACUAUCAGACUGUCGACUACACAUCUGUCUAUAUUACCGUGAAAUACUGGUGAAAGAGAUGACGACUUCAAGUCCUGAAGGCUGUAGAAUAUCUCAUGCCCAAAAUUAUGAGGUCAGCAGCUUGGAUCAAGUUAUCUUCCCCUAUCCAGAAGAUAAUGGCCAGAGGAAAAACAUAGAAAAAUUACUGAGCCACUUGGAACGAGGAGUAAUACUCUGGAUGGCACCUGAUGGGCUUUAUGCUAAGAGACUUUGUCAAAGCAGGAUCUACUGGGAUGGACCUCUGGCGUUAUGCAGUGACAGGCCAAAUAAACUGGAAAGGGAGCAGACCUGCAAACUUUUUGAUACUCAGCAAUUUUUAGCAGAACUGCAAGCUUUUGCCCACCAUGGACGUCCAUUGCCUAGAUUCCAGGUUGCUCUAUGUUUUGGAGAGGAAUUUCCAGACCCACAAAGACAGAGGAAGCUAAUUACAGCCCACGUUGAGCCAAUGUUUGCAAGGCAGCUGUAUUACUUUGCUCAGCAAAACAGUGGACAUUUUCUGAGAGGCUAUGAUUUACCAGAACAUGUCACUAGUCCAGAGGAUUACCACAGAUCUAUUCGCCAUUCCUCCAUUCAAGAAUAAUCUCCUCAGAAGGAGUGUGUUUAAGGCUUUGUAAAGAUGAUGCAUAUUGGAAGAAAAGAGCUGGAUCACGUUUUGGGGAUACAAAUCACAGCUGGAUUUAUUCAGGAAAGCAUAGUCUCAGAGACUGGAAAAUGAACAACAGUAUUGUACAAUAGAAACAAUGAGGCUUCAAGAUUUGGAUGGUACAUUUCACAUAGAUUCUUCGGUUGCUGGGGAUAACUGUGAAAACUGACAAAAUGUUUGAUAUGUUUACAUUGUUUAAACAUUCUCCAUGGUUUGAGGAUGACUUCUUGCUGAAGACUUAAAUUCAGAGUUUACAGUAUUAUGAUAUUUGCAGAGCUAUUUAUUUGUAAUUACAAAUCUCAGGGCAGGGAAAUAUAUUUGCAGUAUUCCCAGCAUGAAACUGUAGCUACUGUGGCAAAGAUGGCAAACAAGUGGCCUAGGCAUCCAUAAAUGUUAUGUUGUGAAUAGCUACAUAUGUAAGCGGUUAAGAAUUUAGAUUGUUAAGCGUGGUAAACUUUUUAUGCCUAUAUUCUUCUAUGAAAGUUUCAGUGUGUAUUUUUUAAAAAAAUCCAGUCCUAAUGAGAUAUAUAUUUUUAAUGCCUGACAUUUCUCUUCAAAGUGCAUUUUGUCAUUAGCACUGCUGUUAGUGGAUUGAUACUCAUAACAACACUUAGAGAGAAGCAUCAGUUGCCUGCUGAUUCUGCAAUGUUAAAUGACCACCCUUCACAAUGUACUAUCCCAAAUAUACCAUCUAGAGAACUCUUCUAACAAUCUCUAGAUCUGGGAGUUUUUGCUGUCUGUGUUGCAGGUGGGACCAUUGACUUGAAUUCUAGACCCUAGAAUAAAACAGGUUUUUGAGAAAAUAACUGUAAUCUUUUACACUUAUUCUGUCAUAUAUGAUUCUUUUUUGGUGGUCAUGCUCACUGGCACAUAUAUGUAACAUGAAAUAGAUUUCCAAGGUGCAUUUGUAUAGAUUUGGUAAAUAUUCACAAAAAGAGUUGUUGACUUACACAAGGUCAAAUUCUGCUCUUGACUGUGCAGCUACAGCUCCCUUCGUGUGCAGAAGUCAGUGGGAGCCAGAUGUCCAAAGAAGAGCAGACUUUGGCCCAUAGUAUUAGUAGAGCUGGGAACAGCUAUCCUAACUUUUGUUUUAAAAAGUAAAAAAAAAAAAAAAAAAGUAUAAUUUCAGGAGAUUUACAACUUUUAAUGCUGGGGUAUUGAUUAUUUGCUUGCAUAUGCAAAUGAACUUGGAACUCCUUUGUAUGGCAAAGAGAGAGAGAGAUCUGUCAA